UAGUCACUUCAACCCUUGGCGAUUUUCCUGUAGGGGAAGGUGGACACCUUGGAGUCAGAACCUCCCCGAGGCAACUAGUUUUUGUGUAGAAACAGGUUGGAGGGUGGGGGAGGUGGGAGAGAGCAAAGCAAAUCUCAAAGAGUUCCUUCAGAAAUUUGAGGAAGAAAGGUGGCAAUACAACGCAGCGGCAAAUGCGGAGAAAAGGAAGACAGAAAACGAACAAGCAUGGUCAACGGAAGGUCACGGAACAGCCCACCAGAACUGCAUCUACAAAGAGGAUGCUUAUGGAUUCUGGAGAAAAUGUAAGUUAAAUCUGUCCAUACUCUGAUCAGAUCCCCAGAGACAUUUUCCUCAUUUCCUGGUUUUGAAUGAUGGGCUCUUGGAAGCAUUGUCUUUUUUGUGUGUCUCUGGUCACUGCCCUGAUUUUCGUGUUCGUUUACAAUAACGAGUUAUGGGAGAAUAAAAAUGUCCUGGGAGCAUCUCUGGCCAAUGCUUCGCUAUUAGCAGAAGCCUGUCAUCAGAUUUUUAAGGGGAAGGUUUUUUACCCAACAGAGAAUGCAUUGAAAACUACCUUCCAUGAACCUACCUGUAAUGAGUACAUGGCUCAAAGUCACUACAUAACAGAAGCACUCUCUGAAGAAGAGGCUGGCUUCCCUUUGGCUUACAUGAUGACCAUCCACAAAGACUUCGGCACUUUUGAGAGACUCUUCAGGGCAGUUUACAUGCCUCAGAACGUCUACUGUGUUCACGUGGAUGAGAAAGCGACAGUCGAAUUUAAAGAUGCUGUGAAGCAAUUACUGAGCUGCUUCCCAAACGCUUUUCUGGCUUCCAAGAUGGAGUCCGUGGUCUAUGGUGGGAUUUCCAGGCUCCAGGCUGACCUGAACUGCAUCAAAGAUCUUGCAGCCUCCGCGGUUCCGUGGAAGUACGCCAUCAACACCUGCGGGCAGGAUUUCCCCCUGAAAACCAACAGGGAGAUAGUUCAGUAUCUGAAGGGAUUUAAAGGGAAAAACAUCACCCCAGGGGUGCUGCCUCCAGCUCAUGCAAUUGGACGGACUAAAUUUGUCCACCGGGAACUAUUAAACAAAAAAGAUUCCUACGUGAUUAAAACCACACAAUUGAAAGCUCCGCCUCCUCACAACAUGACCAUUUACUUUGGCACUGCCUAUGUGGCCCUCACCAGGGAAUUCGCUAACUUUGUCCUCCAAGACCAGCAGGCACUUGACUUUCUGUCCUGGUCCAAGGACACCUACAGUCCUGACGAGCAUUUCUGGGUCACGCUCAAUAGGAUCCCUGGUAUGUAUGUCUCUUAA